UUACAUCAGUGCAGUUUUUCUUACACCAAGACCUUUAGCCCUGACUAAAAGGAAAAGUUAAAUAACUAAAAAUAAGGCAGCAAAUUCUCUAGGCCACCUAACUUGAGCUCGAUUCUGACAUGUGCAAGGUAACCAUUUUUGUAGUUUUGGUCACAACUGCCAUUGUUGCAGUAAAAGCGGAAAGUAAACCAUUGUCGGUUGAGGAAAUUUGUAGCCAAAUGCCAGCCGGCACCUUUAUUCUGCCCCCGAAUUCAUGUACCCAUUGGGUCCAGUGUCCCUCAUCAGCGAACGCCCAAGACUACGAAGACGGCUUCUGCGCUUACGGCCUAUACUUCAAUAAAGACAAAAAUCGGUGUGAAACCAUGGAAGACGUUGUUUGUCCCUUCGAAAACACUCAAACCGACUCUGAAAACCGUUGCGCCUCAAAGAAAGAUGGUAUUUUCUUGUCAGAUCCAGAAAAUUGUAAUGGAUAUGUGUUCUGCAUGGAUGGAAAAGAAAUCCGUUCCACUUGCCCGAAAGAUUUGGUAUUCCAUCCUUCGAAAUCCGCUUGUGUUUAUCCGAAAGAAUACCAAUGUCCUAAGAAAACUCAAAAUGUAACUGCAAAUCCGAUUUGCAAUUCUGUAGCUAAUGGUACGAUUUUUGCGGACAUAAAAGAUUGCACGAAAUACCAUCAAUGUGUCGCGGGUGGCAAACUGACAUCUUUAGAGUGUCCCGAAAGCCAAGCAUUCAACUACUCUACUUUAGAAUGUGUAGCUCGAAGCGAAGCAGUGUGUCAUCCUCUAGCACCAGAACUUGAGCCAGAAAUUGAUAUUUGCGGUACCGAGGAGAAUGUCCUAGUCGGCUAUAUUGCUGACGAGGAAUCGUGUAGUGGAUAUUAUAUAUGCGCCAAACAAAGUGAUGGUAAACCCGAUCGCAGUCCCACAUAUCUAAAAUGUCAGGACGGCUACUUCUUUGACAGUGGCACUUGGUCAUGUCGCGACCGCCUAAAUGUCAAGUGUUCUUUAGACCGUUGCGAAGGCAUGGCCAACAAAUACGUCAAUGUGGCCGGUGAUUGUACUGCUUAUGCACGCUGCAAGAAUGGAGCAACAGUUGCCACUGGCAAAUGCGAAAGUAACUACUUCUUCGACGAACGCACACAAGGAUGCACUCCACAUAACAUUAGCUACAUGGCCUGUUCAGCCUAGGCACUGUAAUAAAGAAGCUGAUAAAUUUUCUGAAAAAUCCACACAAAGUCGGUGCACCAAAUUUUUUACAAUAUAUGUAUGUAUGUCCAUGUAUAUUUUUCCGAAGA